AUGGUCACCACUAACAUGCUGAACGUAAUGCUGGUCGCUUUCUUCGCCGCUCUUGGCAGCGCUGAACACCAUGGCCUCCAUGCGCGUCACCUGAACCACGCCCGUGCCCCCUUGAGACUCCUCAGUACCCCUCCCGGCAAGCCUUCUGUCUCGGUCUCCGGUGUUCCUGGCUCUGGUGCUUCCACUCAGUCUCUGAUCAGCUCUUCGGUUCCCGUUCCUCUUGGAACUGCUCCUGCUGGUUCUGGCGCUACUACUGGUGCUGCGUCUGAGUCUUCUGGAUCCUGGACCACUGAGUACUCCACCACUGAUGUGACCGUUACUUACACCCAGGGAGCUGGUACUUCUACCAGUGUUGUCACCACCACUAUCGAGAAGACCUUCACCAAUGUUCGCACUGUCUACCCGACUCAAGCUUUCACUGCUCCUCCUGCGGCUGGAAAUGCCCAGAACUCUGAGACCACUACUCUUCACAGCACCGAGACCAAGACCUUGACUGUUGUAGAGGUUCCUACUGCUGAAGUUACUGGCCACCACGCUAGUGGUUCUCAGGUCUGCUACAGUGAGCCCGUCACUGUGACUGUGACUGCUACCGAGACUGUGACUGUGGACACUGCUGCCACUUCUGUUCCUGCUGAGGGCCACAACCAGGGUGGCUCUAAGGGCGAGGGCCAUAAGGGCAACGGCAAUGGCGAAGGCUCUGGUAAGGGUAACGACAAUGGAAAUGGUGCCCAGGCUACCUCUUCCACCGCCGAUAUCACCACCACCGAGACUGUCGUACCUGUCCCUGCCGCCACUCUUACUACCAGCCGUGCUCCUUACAGCAACGGAACCCUCCCCUUCACCUCGGUCCCGGCCUCCUCUGGCUUCGUGACCAGCUCUUCCGCCAUUCCCUCCGCCAUUCCCUCUGGCGCCCCCUCCGGUGCGCCCUCUUGGAAGCCCUCUCCCAGCGGUCCUCUUAGCCCCUCCGGUACCCCCGGUGGCAGCUACCCCCAUGCCUUCCACCGUCGCUACAUCUAA